GUAGCUCCAGACUAGAGCGCAUGCAGGCUCCUCCCCAACCAGCUCUGACCGGACUGUCAGAAGAACAGGAAGAAUCCUCCAAUGCUAUAGACUUAGCUUUCCCCCGCUGUCAAUCAGGGGUUAAAAAGUGAACUAAAACUUGUGCGAAUCAUGGAAACUGAGUUAGGAGAUUACGUCGGGCACAGUCAUCCGUAAUAUCAACACGUCACCUUUGUUGUUGUCGCCAAAAUCAAGACGAGGAAGUGGGAGCGGAGUUUUUUUUUCUUCUCGGGACUUUACCUACUGUAGCAAGAGAAGUUAGCCUAGCGUAUGCUAAGGUUAGCACUUUUAGUAGUAGUUUAAGGACCUGACAUUUACUUUGUUAAAGCUUCGGUUUUUGUUACUCGUGGGUACUUUUGGACUGAGAGUACAACUUGUCUCUCACUAACGCAACAGGCUGCUGUGUUACUGUUCGUCCCGAGGACUUGGGGAUUGUGCUUUGAAUUUCCCUCCCUCAGUCAUAACAGUGAGGCGGCUUAGCGAGGGGUUCGCACCCUUUUGGCUCUUUACCAAAUCAUUAGCAGCACUGUGCUAAUUUGUGGCUAGUUAGCCCAAGCACUAGCACGGGCCCAGGGGAAUUAACAGUUGUUUUCUCCUCAAGCCGAGAAACAAAGUCUGAGAACUGCUGCUUUGCUAGUUUACCUUUAACGCGCGGGGGACUCUACCGCCACACAGGUUUAUCUCUAUACCUGAUUCAAGGAGACGGAUUAGUUUAUAACUAUGGAUCCCCACACGGGGAACUCAGCCUCAGCUGCUGGUCCCAAAAAGGACAAGAAGGCAAAGAAGAACUCUGAGGAUGGAGAUGGGAAAAAGAAAUUUAAACUCAAACGGCUGAUUCCUGACGAGUUAGAGCGUUUCACCAGCAUGAGGAUGAAAAAAGACAAGGAGAAGCCCAGUCACAUGCAAGGUCAGCGCCACUCCUCAGCUGCCACCUAUGAGAUCAGUGCUCAGGGUGCUAUGCUGCACGAUCACACCGAUGAAUACGUCCUGGAACUCUUCGAACAGAUGAUGGUGGAUAUGAACCUAAAUGACGAGAAGCAAAGGCCUCUUAGGGAAAAGGACAUCAUGAUCAAACGAGAGAUGGUGUCUCAGUACCUCCACACGUCAAAAGCUGGUCAAAACCAGAAGGAGAGCUCCAAAUCAGCCAUGAUGUACAUCCAAGAGCUGAAGGCGGACUACAGAGACACACCACUGUUGAGCUGUCUGGAAUCUCUGAGAGUCUCCCUCAAUAACAACCCUGUCAGUUGGGUACAGAACUUUGGAGAUGAGGGACUGGCCCUGCUGCUCAGUCUACUCAGAAGACUACAGGAGGACAAGGAGGAGUACCAAACGACGGGAGUGAAAUGUCAACACGAGAUCAUUCGCUGUCUGAAAGCCUUCAUGAACAACAAAUAUGGUCUAAAAUCCAUGCUGGAGUCAGAUGAGGGGAUUCCUCUGCUGGUCAGAGCCAUCAACCCUCGGGUGCCCCAUAUGAUGGUGGAUGCUGUCAGGCUGCUUUCUGCCAUCUCAAUUCUGGAACAUCCUGAAAACCUCCAUGAGCGUGUCUUGGAGGCCAUUACAGAGGAGGCAGAGAAAAGAGACAUUGAGAGGUUUCAGCCUCUCCUCACUGGCAUGAACAAUCACAACAUUGCUCUCAAGGGAGGCUGCAUGCAACUGAUCAAUGCCUUGAUCAGCCGGGGGGAAGAGUUGGAUUUCAGGAUCCAUAUUCGCUCUGAGCUACUAAGAUUGGGUCUCAGAGAACAGCUGAAGGAGGUGCGGGCGAUAGAAAACGAAGAGCUGAAGGUGCAACUUACAGUGUUUGAUGAGCAGGCUGAAGAUGACUCUGAGGACCUCAAAGUGCGUCUUGAUGACAUCCGAGUUGAGAUGGAUGAUGUGAGGGAAGUGUUUGAGAUCCUUGUCAACACCGUGAAGGACUCCAAAGCGGAAAACAACUUCCUGUCCCUGAUGCAGCACCUGCUACUUAUCCGUAAUGAUUAUUUGGCAAGGCCUCAGUACUACAAGUUGAUAGAUGAGUGUAUCGCUCAGAUCGUGCUCCACAGGAAUGGAGCAGACCCUGACUUCAAAUGCCGUAACCUCAACCUCAACAUUGAAGGCUUGAUAGACAACAUGGUGGACCAGCUCAAGGUGGACACGAGUGAGGCAAAAGCAAAUGAGCUGGAGAAGAAGCUGGAUGCAGAGCUGACGGCACGCCAUGAGCUGCAGGUGGAGCUGAAGAAACUGGAGGGUGACUAUGAGAAUAAGCUGCAGGACUUGAGCCAAGAGAAGGAACAGCUGGCAACUUCUAAGCAGGAACGAGAAAAGGAGAACCAGGGACUUCAACAACAGUUAACCACUCUGCAACAGAAGAUUGAAAAGCUUUCUAAGGAUCUGGAAGAGGCCAAGACUAAAGUUGUAACAGUCACUGUCCCGGUGCCAACACCUUGUAUGCCCCCUCCACCUCCUCUCCCUGGCCAGAGUGCAGGUAUGCCACCUCCACCUCCCCCGCCACCCCUACCAGGCCAAACAGGAAUGCCUCCCCCCCCACCUGCUCCUCCUUUACCAGGCAUGCCAGGACCUCCACCUCCGCCACCCCUCCCUGGCAUGCCAGGACCUCCACCUCCGCCACCCCUCCCUGGUAUGCCAGGACCGCCACCCCCACCACCCCUCCCUGGCAUGUCAGGACCGCCACCCCCUCCACCUUUACCUGGGAUGGGACCUCCACCACCACCGCCACCACCUGGGGGUCCUGGUGCUCCUCCUCCACCACCAUUUGGCAUGGGGGGUUGGGGCGCUCCUGCACCACCACAACUGCCUUUUGGGCUCCAGCCUAAGAAGGAGUACAAGCCUGAGAUCCAGCUGAAAAGAGCAAACUGGAGAAAGAUUGGACCGGAGGACCUCUCUGAGAGCAGUUUCUGGACCAAAGCAAAGGAGGACAAAUUUGAAAACAAUGAGCUCUUUGCCAAACUCACACUGGCCUUCUCCUCGCAGACAAAGACCUCUAAAGCCAAGAAGGACCAAGAUGGUGGGGAGGACAAGAAGCAAACACAGAAGAAGAAGGUGAAGGAGCUCAAGGUCCUUGAUGGCAAGAUUUCGCAGAACCUCUCCAUUUUCUUGGGAUCGUUUCGUCUCCCCUAUGAAGAGAUCAAGAACGCUGUCUUGGAGGUUAACGAGAAGAUCCUCACAGAGUCCAUGGCUCAGAACCUGAUCAAACAGCUGCCAGCACAGGAGCAGCUGAAUGUCCUGGGAGAGAUGAAGGACGAAUAUGAUGAUUUGGCUGAGGCUGAGCAGUUUGGUGUCGUGAUGUCCAGUGUGAAGAAGCUGAUGCCCCGGCUUCAGGCUAUCUUGUUCAAGCUGCAGUUUGAAGAGCAGCUGAACAACAUCAAGCCAGAUGUGGUGUCUGUGACAGCAGCAUGUGAAGAGCUCAGGAAGAGCCAGACCUUCUCCAAGCUUCUAGAGAUCACCCUCCUUGUCGGGAACUAUAUGAAUUCUGGCUCCCGUAACGGAAAAGCAUUCGGCUUCUCCAUUUCCUACCUGUGCAAGCUGCGUGACACCAAAUCAGCUGAUCUGAAGCAGACGCUGCUCCAUUUCCUCGCUGAUGUGUGUCAGGAGCAGUAUCCUGAAGUCAUGGGCUUUAUGGACGAGCUUAUCCAUGUGGAAAAGGCCAGCAGAGUUUCUGCAGAGACGAUCCAGAAGAACCUGGAGCUGAUGGGCCGUCAGAUCAAGGACCUGCAAAAAACUCUGGAAACCUUUCCUCCCCCUCAAAAUGACAAGGACCAUUUUGUGGAAAAGAUGUCCAGUUUCGUGGGUACUUCCCAAGAACAAUAUGAUAAGCUGGAUCUUCUGCAUAAGAAUAUGGAGAAACAGUUUAAUGACCUGGGAGACUACUUUGUCUUUGACCCCAAAAAAAUCUCAGUGGAGGAGUUCUUUGGAGACCUCAACACCUUUAAAAACAUGUUUCAGCAAGCAGUAAAGGAGAAUCAGAAGAGGAAGGAGUCUGAAGAGAAGAUCAAGAGGGCCAAGCUAGCAAGGGAAAAGGCAGAGAAAGAGAAGGAGGAGAAACUCAAGAAGAACCAGCUCCUCGACAUCAACGCAGAGGGUGAUGAAACUGGUAUCAUGGAUGGCCUGUUGGAGGCGCUGCAGUCUGGAGCCGCAUUCAGGAGGAAGAGAGGACCUCGGCAAGCAGUGUGCUCUGGCCUGGGUUACAGGAGGGCAAAGCCAACACAGGCUGGCACAGCUACACAUGAAGAGGGAGGCUGCCAAGAGUGGGUGUGGCAGCUGGGUACUUGAGAGAAGAACAACUGGUGAGGGUGUGGUUGUGGAAAGAAAAACACAAGAGGAAUAUGACUGUAGCACUGAGGAGGACAAACCAGAGUGUGGGUAGAACAAGUUCAUGGAAGUGGGAUCACUGAGUUGGCUAAAGGAAGAACAUAUUAAAACCACUGACUAAAGCCUGAGAAAGAUACAAGCCAGUAAAUCCUCCCUCCACUGAAAAAUGGGUUUGGCUUGUUAGUUCGUAACUUAGGAGUCUGAUCUUUACAGCACAGAGUGAUGUAACUGCAGAGUUAAAGAGCUGUACAUAUGGGCCUGACUCUAUUGUAUUACAACUUUGGGAAGCCAAACCAGAUACAGCUUACAUAAGUGUGACAUAAACCACUUGCAAGCACACACUCAUGAAGAAUGGAAAGUAACAAAAUCAUCCAACUCAGAACUAUUUAUUUCAUUUUAUCCUGGAACAAAUUUUUUUUUUUUUUUCUGAAUACUUUGGCAGCCAGAAACCCAUGACAUGUAUAUGAGGACUACUCUUGAGCACUGUUGUUUGUAUUGAUCCUCAUUGAGGCCAUGCUGUCUAGUCUGUUAGCAUGUAGAGACUGCCAUGUAAUCAGGUUAGCAUUUACUCGUGUCUCCACCACCACUUACUUACUCCUUUUUUAGAGAGUACUUUUCUCCCUCCUCUCUUUGCUGUUUUAUGUGUUUAGCACACAAUGAAUGGUAAGGACUGAUACAACCAUGUAAUGAAAAUGAGGCAAUGUGAGUUGUCGGGAUUGUAACUUUGUAACAUGAUAUCAAGUGUUGGGAAACUUGUGUGUAACUAUGUGAGUGGGAAAGUGUCCAGUGCUCAUUAACUAGGGAAGAGAGAGCGAAAGAGAGAUAGACCAUGUGUUGUGUGUGUGUUUGUUCACAUGCACUCAUGUGUGGGUUAAGUAUUCACACAUAAGAGAGGGCCCGGGGAAGAGUGUGUGAAACCCAAUACCUCCCUCAAUAGAAGCCAGAUGUGAAGCGGUGCUCCAGAGUGAAAUAGUUUAGAGCAGAGGGUAGACUGCACUCUUUCCUGCUCUCUCUCUCUUUUUCUUUCUGUGUUCCUUUUAUUCACUGAAUGCAUUUUUAUACCCUUCCGAAAGCCAAUUUGCAUGGCAACAAAACAGUUUGUGACAAGUGGUCCUCUGUGGAUUAAAGCUCCGUGGUCGUACAGUCUUUAGUCACAAACAGCUCAGGCUCGGUCACCUUUAAACUGACUGAGACAGCAGUGAGAGGAGGAAAUGGAGAGGAAAGAGGCAGAAGCAGGAAGAGAGCACUGUGUGAGAAGAACUGGGGCCCACUUGGGGCUUAGUCAGUCACCCAUAAUACUGUUUGGCCACCUCACACUCCUAACAGGAAAUACCUUAACCUGUGUGCAUUCAUGAGAGAGAUAGAAAGGGAGAGAGUGCCUUUCUACUGACGCACACUUGUCUGUGGUAGGACAGAGGAGGAAAUCUAAGGGCUAUAUGUCUCAGUUCCUCAUCCGUGUCUGUAUUCUCCUCCCAUCUUGUCAUUUUUUUUAACUUUUGCCAAAGUUUAAAGUUCAGGGUUUUCAUGGAUGAUGUGGAGGGUUGUGAUUAGUGAGGUACUAAGCCAAUCUCAGCUUUCUUAAGAUCACUGGUAUCCUUCCCGUAUCUGAAAUAAGUAAGUACGGCUCCUGACCAGUCAAAUCACUUUGGAAGUGCUGUAAGUUUGUCAUCCACACAUCAGUGUGUCUCCGUGCAUGUUUCACUGGUUGGGUGUUUCAAAGGUCUUAAAUUAGCGAAGGAGGCAUAUCCCUGGCACCACUGAGGCCACAGGCAGCCUGUAUUAUCAGAAUAAAAACACUCCUCCAUUAGUUUAUGCAUACAAGCAGAGCUUUCUGAGCACUAUUUCAUCAGAAAGUUUUCAUAGUUGUACUUUCUGAAAACAGGGCAGAAAGGGAUGAGGAGACUUUGAUUUGAGAAAAAUAAGGCUUGGUAUGUUUUGUGGCUGUUUGGUCAUAACACAUCACUAAGGGACAGCAAAUGGAGAAAAGGAUUACACAUCUUAUUUGAUUAUGUGAUGGAAAGUUUGUGGUCAAAUAAAGGGAAUUUGAUGUGUCAUAA